AGGGAGGUCAGAUUUUCGGGGCUCUUAGUUCAUCUGCGGUCGAGGUCAUAUGAGGUCACGAGGAGCACCGUAACUAUGAACAGAUUACCCUUUCUCGCGUUCGUGUUGGCGUUGGGUGGCGGGAGGGCGGCCGGCCAGGGGAGGUUCCUGGAGAGACCCGUUGCUAGUCUCUGCACCUCGCGUUCGAGCCACGACCUCUUCAGCGGCCACAGGUACUACUACUCGUGGCUCGACCCUUCCAACGCCAACACCUUCCUGGACUGGGUCGACGCGAGAAACUGGUGCCGGAGGAGGUGCAUGGAUCUCGUGGCCUUCGAAGACGUCAGGGAGUACCAGAUGGUGUCCAGGAGGAUGGUGGCGAGCAGCAACAAAUUCUACUGGACUUCCGGGCGUCGCUGUGACUUCGACGACACUUGCCUGCGCCACGACCUCCAACCCGUCGACGUCAACGGCUGGUUCUGGUCCGCCUCCAACAAGAAGAUGCGACCGACCAAUCAGAGGAGCCCGUCGAAUGAUUGGUCGUACACGGGAGGGUACGGGACCCCCCUAGCCCGCGAACGGGACUUAGGAGGAGACAACGAGUCGUGUUUGGCCGUCCUUAACAACCACUACAACGACGGCGUCCGCUGGCACGACGUGGCUUGUCAUCACCGGAAGAACUGGGUUUGCGAGGACUCCGAUGAGCUCCUCACCUUCGUCAGGAGGAAUAACCCGUUCAUACGCCUGUAGGAGAGAGUGGGAGGAAGGAGGAGAAGUGGGAG